AUGUCGAACACCGACUUCCUCGGGCGCGCCAUAGACGUGGUCAAAAAGGCCAUCGAGGCAGAUACGGCGGCAGAAUACGACAAGGCAUACCAAUUAUACUAUCAGUCUCUGGAGCUCUUCAUGCUGGCACUGAAAUGGGAGAAGAAUGCAAAAUCCAAGGAGAUGAUCAGGGCGAAGGCGGGCGAGUACAUGGAGCGGGCUGAGAAGCUCAAGGCGCACCUAGCAGACGCGGACGGGAAGCACAAAAAACCUGGAAUGGUGGGCGCAAAUGGCAGCAGUACGGGCGGAGGCGGCAAGGGCAAGGACGGAGAGGAAGAAGUCGACGCUGAUAGCAAGAAGCUGAGAUCUGCGCUCGCCGGAGCCAUUUUGCAGGACAAGCCGAAUAUCAAGUGGGAGGAUGUUGCUGGUCUUGAGGGGGCGAAGGAGGCGCUGAAGGAGGCUGUUAUUCUGCCUAUCAAGUUCCCGCAUCUGUUUACGGGCAAGAGACAGCCGUGGAAGGGUAUUCUGCUUUACGGCCCUCCUGGUACGGGUAAGAGUUACCUGGCGAAAGCUGUGGCUACGGAAGCGAACAGCACGUUCUUCAGUGUUAGCAGCUCUGAUUUGGUCAGCAAGUGGAUGGGAGAGAGUGAAAGAUUAGUGAAGCAACUGUUUGCCAUGGCCCGGGAGAAUAAACCCUCUAUCAUCUUCAUCGAUGAGGUGGAUGCUCUGUGUGGUCCUCGGGGUGAAGGAGAGUCCGAAGCCUCUCGUCGUAUCAAAACAGAAAUGCUGGUACAAAUGGACGGUGUAGGCCGUGACAGCAAGGGUGUUCUCGUGCUCGGCGCAACGAAUAUCCCAUGGCAACUCGAUGCUGCUAUUCGUCGUCGUUUCCAACGACGUGUCCAUAUCUCCCUACCAGACUUGCCGGCACGGACAAAGAUGUUCGAGCUCAGCGUGGGAACCACACCCUGCGAGCUUACCGGCGCCGACUUCAGGACAUUGGGAGAGUUGAGUGAAGGGUAUUCUGGAAGUGACAUUAGCAUCACAGUCCAGGAUGCUCUCAUGCAACCCGCCAUGGACAACGGCGUCGAGAAGUUAACACCAUGUUCGCCCGGCGACGCUGGAGCAAUGGAGAUGUCCUGGACCCAAGUCGACUCUGACAAGCUUCUCGAGCCUCCCUUGCUCCUCAAGGACUUCGUCAAGGCAGUCAAGGGCUCAAGACCGACGGUGUCGCAAGAGGAUAUCAAGCGCAGCGAAGAGUGGACAGCGGAGUUCGGUAGUGAAGGAGCAUAG